UCUAGGAUAAUCCAGUCAUUGGACGAGAGUGUGUCUCCUUGUGAUGACUUUUAUCAAUUCACUUGCGGUCAAUGGAUGGCAUCGACGCCAAUACCGGACGACAAAUCGUCGCUCAACUCAUUCAAUGAAUUGCAAGAAGUUAUUAAUUACAGAAUCAAAGAUCUUUUAGAUGACAGUGAAAUCAAGGAGAGGGGUAAUAAUGAUCUCGAUUUUAUACAAAAGGCUAAGGAUUACUAUCAAAGUUGUAUGAAUACAACUUUAAUUGAAGAAAGAGGCUCUGAGCCACUGUUAGAUCUAUUGGAUCAGAUGAUUGGCCAAAAUGAGUGGCCACUGCCACUCGGGUCAGCGGACAACACAUCGGUGGCCAUUGGUUGGCAGGAGUUGUACUUAAAAUUACGAGACUUUGGUCUCAUAAACACAAUGCUAUUCUCGCUGUCCGUCUCAACAGAUGUUAGAAAUAACACGAGAAAAGUGCUUUCGUUAGAUCAGCCAUCGUUUGGACUGAACAGGGAUUUGUUGGUCAACGAAGAAACCGGGUCUUCAUAUGUGGCGUACAGGGAUUUAAUGAUCAAAUCCGGACUCAAACUCAUGAAAAACAAUACAAAUGUGUCUCAAAUGGAGACCACAAUAGACUCAAUACUCGCGUUUGAGAGACAAUUAGCUAAUAUUGAUUGGUUAAAAAUAAUCGCACAUUUUGUCGGCGAUAACAUCACAGACACGGAUGAGAUAAUCCUAAACGACACCAGUUUUAUACACCGAUUGAAUCAAUUAGUUAACGACACCGACAACGGGCUUUUAGUGAAUUACAUGGUUUGGAGAGUCAUUCUCUCGAAACACAUGUCUUUGAGCGAAGAGUGGACACAAAUGAGACGCCAGUUUGAGCAGGUAAUCCACGGCACCGCUAGUCCCAGACCUCGUUGGUAUCAAUGCGUUAAAGCGGUGGACAACGCCAUGACAUUACUCGUAUCGCAUCUCUAUGUCAGGCAUUAUUUUAGGCCUCAGAUUAAACAAAAGGCAUCGGAACUGAUAGAAAGUGUGAGAUUAGAGUUUAAACACACGCUAACGGAAAUGGAUUGGUUGGACAAUCAGACACUGGAGCGGGCGUUGGAUAAACUGGCCAGGAUGCGAAUUGUUGUCGGUUACCCUGAUGAUAUUUUAAAUAGCACUGCUGUUGAUAGCAUUUAUAGUGGCUUAUCUCUAAACGCUUCGGACUUUUUCGGCAAUAUAUUGACAAUAACUCAAUGGAAACAGAAUUUGUCGUUUCAAUCGCUUAAUAAACUCAACGAUAUUAAUGAUUGGGCAAAGGUUGGCUCACUAACAAUGGCCAAUGCGUUCUACAAUACCGUUAAGAAUAUGGUUGUCAUUCCCGCCGGUAUUCUUCAGGGAGUCUUCUAUGAUAAGGACAGACCUAAUUAUAUUAUAUGA